AUGGAUCCAGCACACCGAGAAGCCUUGAAGCACACACGUACUAUCUUCCUCUCGGACGGCCAGCCUCACUAUGAGAACCUCAGCGCCCUGCCCGAGAUGUGGUGGGUAUCGGUGAAGCUUUCCAUUGAGGACCGCCUCUUGGCCGAUGAAGAGUUGAUGGAUAUUGUGGCUGACCGUUGCCGCGCUGGAGACUGCAAGUUUACCCACUAUGAUGCCUUGCACCACCAGCACGAGCUUUAUAUCUCGUUCCCAGUUAUGAACUGUGACCAGGGCCUUGCCCAGCGCGGGUGGGUUAUGAUGGUUAUCGGACUUGCUGAGCAUUACCGGAUGGAGAUUGCCGCUGGGCGCCUUUCAGUUGAUCGGGAUUAUGUCUUUGGGCCCAGGACCUAG